AUUUAUUCUCAACAAGUGAAGUUUUGACUCAGUCAGUCUUAUUAAACAUUCAGUAAACUUAAGCGGCAAAAUGUUUCAGAAAAUGAUUUGCAUAUUCUUAAUGUUGACUUUCCUAUCUGAUGCAACUUUACCUCAUCCAUCUAACGAAACCAAUUUAAGAGGUGGACAGGAACAAGAAUUUAAGCUUCUACGAUCGUAUAUGCAGUUUAUAAAAGCGGAAGUUGAACUACUAAAAAAAAAGAUAUAAAUGCUGAAAUAUCGGAUAAUCAAUGUAAAGCCGAGAUCGAGAAACAGAAGAAGGAUAUAAUUGAUAGGGAAACCGAUAUUCGAUCUCUGAAAGCAGAUAAUCAAUUAUUAAGAACGGAUAUCCUAACUCUGAGAACGGAGUUGCAGCAAAAAAACAAGGAUGUAAAGGAUAAGGAAGCGAAUAUUCUAUCUUUAAAAGCAGAGCUGGAGAAACAGACGAAAAGUGUCACAGAUGUAACAGAUAGUCAACUUCUCAGAACGGAGCAUGAGCGUCAGGGAAAUUUAAUAGAUGGAAAAGUUAAAAAAUUGGAUAAGCUUAAUUAGUUAUUUAAGCCAGACAACUGUACAGAAACCAUGUUUAGCGGGACUUAUGACAUAAUCCUCCCCAACUUUAGUAGUCAACCUUUUAAAGUUGUCUGCGAUGCGGGAACCCUAGGAGGUGGUUGGACCAUUAUCCUGAGAAGGAUGGAUGGCAGUGUAAACUUUCAUCGCAACUGGACGGAAUAUAAAAAUGGAUUUGGUGAUCUGUACGGCGAGUUCUUCAUUGGCUUGGACAAGAUUCAUGAAAUGACGGCAGAAAGAAAUCAAGAGUUACUUGUUCUCCUCGAGGACUUCGAGGGUGAUAAGAGAUUUGAGAGGUACGAUGAAUUUGCAAUUGGAAACGAGGAUCAACAAUAUAAAUUACACACUUUGGGAGAUGCGACUGGAACUGCAGGUGAUUCAUUCUUAUAUCAUCGUGGCAGCAAAUUUUCUACAUUCGAUCGGGAUAAUGAUGGUCAAUCGGAUAAAAACUGCGCCCAACUAUUCACUGGCGCUUGGUGGUACCGUUCCAACGGUUAUUGUCAAAUCUGCCAAUUGACGGGAACAUACAAAAGCAACGAUUAUGACAAAGGCGUCAAUUGGGACAGCUUUCGGGGAUUUCAAUACUCCAUGAAGACAGCCGUUAUGAUGAUUCGGCCCAGAUAGUAAAUUUAAUCUAAUCCGUUUACAUAUAAUUUGAUUUUGCUUCCAAAUUGGAAGUUAUAAUUUUUUCAUCACUGUUUAUUUUUCCUUUACUUUCGCUUUGACACUUUUCAAUAAUUUUAAACGGUUACACUUUGUCAAAUCUUAACCGAUUACCUUGGGGAAUGUCAACUGUUUCUUGUUUUUACCUCUCAUUUGAUUCUGCCUCAAAAUAUAAAUAUAAAAAUAUAA